AUGCCCGCAACCACAAUUCCGUACGCACCGCAUUAUGUCCCGGCCCCGGCUACCAAAGAAGAUCUCGAAUGGGCGGACCUUCCUAUCAUCGACCUGUCUAAGGCAGCCACUCCUGAGGGCCGCGCUGAACUCGCUCCAGCCAUGCGAGAUGCGAUGCACACCCAUGGCUUCGUCUACGUCGUGAACCACGGACUUACUCAGGCUCAGAGAGACCGCAUGUUCGAUGUCGCGGACGUUGCGUUCUCACAGGUUCCUGAGGAAGAGAAGAAGCAAUACACUGCGAACUUCAAAGAGACGGGCUUGUAUAGCGGAUACAAGCUGCGCCAGUACUGGCACAUCGACAAUGGCGUCAGAGAUCAAAUCGAACACUUCAACAUGCAUCAUGGCAUCUACGGUCGCGACAUCUAUCCAAAGGCACUCCAACCAUUCCUGGCUGAAAUACGCACAUUCUCGGAAUACAAUCACUUCAACAUCCUUCAUCCAAUUCUGAGGCUUCUGGCCAGGGGGAUGGAGCUCCCAGAGGAGACGUUCGUGAACAUGCACAACUUCGACGCCGCCGGAGAAGGGUGGAUCCGCUUCAUGAAGUAUUAUCCGCGCUCAGAGGACGACGAGAAGAACACCAAGAAUGUCUGGCUCAAGGGCCACACUGAUUUUGGCACGAUCACUAUCCUCUGGAGUCAACCCGUCACCGCGCUGCAAAUCCUCUCCCCGGAUGGCAAAUGGCGCUGGAUCAGGCACAUGGACAACGCUCUGGUCGUCAACAUCGGCGACUCCUUGGAGAUGCUCUCUGGAGGCUUCUACAAGGGCACAAUCCACCGCGUUGUGCAGCCCCCGGCCGAUCAGCGCGGUUACGAGCGUCUGGGAGUGUUCUACUUCGCGCUCGCGGACGACGAUGUGAAGCUCGUGCCAUGCCUUGAGAGUCCUCUGCUGCAACGCAUUGGGGUAAAACGGCGGGUGGCGGACGAGGCCGCGCCGAAUCAGGAGGAGAUGCGCAAGGCGCGCACGGCCUCGUAUGGGACGUCGAAGCUGAAGAAGAGGGAGGACGGGAACGAGGAGGAGGUCGUUGCUGGAAUUGUCGUCAAACACUUCAACUAAAC